CCCCGCCCGCCCGCCUGCCCUCCUCACAGCCGCGGCGCCGCUUCCAGAGCUGUCAGUGCAGCGGCAACAGCAGCCGCCGUCCAGCCGGCUCUCUCCCGCCUCCUCCAGCAGCAGACGGCGGCGACGGCCACUUCAGCAGCAGCAGAUAUGACGACUCAACUGAGAACCCAACUUUUGUUUGGCUUCCUGUGUCAAAUCACCUGCUCCAUUGUCUACGGCUUCCCUGCUGAUUCUGGAUCUGAGUUCCGGUCUGCUUUCUCCGUCGCUAGAACCAGCAGUAUGGAAGGCAGCACUGAAAUGGUGAUCACCUUCGACAAAGUCUAUGUGAACAUUGGCGGGGACUUUGACCCCAAAGCUGGAUUAUUCCGAUGCCGUAUCCCUGGAGCCUAUUACUUCUCCUUCACGGUUGGAAAGUACCCCAAGAAAAACUUGUCCGUCAUGCUGAUGAGAAACAAGAACGAGGUUCAAGCCAUUGUAUAUGACGAGCAUCACCGUAAAGAGCGGAAAGUGGCAAGCCAGAGUGCCAUGUUGCAGUUGGACUACGGUGACACAGUCUGGCUGCGCUUACAUGGAGAUCCCAAAUAUGCCCUCUACAGCAAUGUAGGUCCCUAUACAACUUUCAAUGGGUACCUUAUCUAUCCAGACACGUCCGGCUAUUUUCAAAACAGUGUCGGUUCCCAGGAGCUAGGAGAAACUUCAGGGCCUUCUUCGCCUAAUGUAAUUCAGCAACUUUCAACGAACCAGAAUGAAAUCUCAGAGAAGCACCUUUUUUCGGACCAGCCCAGCAGAUCGCAGGAUACUCGCUCAGCCUUUUCUGCUGCCCGUUCAGAAAGCCUCCUGGGGUCAGAUGAGAAGCAAACCCAGCACGAGCCAAUCACAUUUGACACAGAAUUUGUGAACAUUGGGAAAGAUUUCAAUUUCUCCACCGGCAUCUUUACGUGUCGCGUUCCAGGUGCCUACUAUUUCUCCUUCACCAUUGGCAAGAUGCCCUUCAAAACCAUGUCCGUGAAACUGAUGAAGAACCACAACGAGGUUCAGGCGAUGAUCUACGAUGACAACCACUCCAAAAGGCGUGAGAUGCAGAGCCAGAGCAUUAUGCUGCCUCUGCAAUAUGGCGACACCGUCUGGCUCUACAGCCACCAGCAUGAUGGCUAUGGUGCCUAUAGCAACCAUGGCAAGUACAUCACCUUCACUGGAUUCCUGGUCUAUCCCGAGACAAAGACAAAACCGCCUCCAGAUGCCAACAUGUCUCCAGGGUCAAGAAUCUAAACAGAUAUAUGAAAAGAGCAUAAGAGAAGCCAAGAUGCAGUAGGCUCUGGUGCAGGUCCUGGACGGACGUCAUCUUUCACAUGACAAUGUUAAGAGCAUGCUAUUGUAUGUCCAGUGCAUUCCUUAUGCUGCACGCUUGUGUUCUGACUGCAGAGCCAUUGUUGUUUCCCUCACUCAUUCAUUCAUAGAAUGACCUUCACGGGAUAUGUGUGUUUUGUUCAUUAUUGAUGUUUGAUUUAAGCAUAAAGCAUGAGGUAGCUUGGGGAGUAGAAGAAAUAGGGGCAGUGAAAUGAGAUGUGAAUAAAGGAACUGCUUAUGGAAAUACUGGAAGAACUUAUGAAAGACUCGGCAAGGCACUUGGGAGUUGAUAACAUCCACUGCAAAUGCAGACCAACACUCUGAGAGAGGGGUGUCUGUAAUGAAAAUAAUGAACUCAAUAAAAUCCUGAGAGAAAAGGUA